CCCCCACCACAAACUUGACUGACUGUUUGUACUGUCAUCCAGACCCAGUCAAGCCUUUUUCCUCUUUGCAUUUUCUUUGUUGGUCCAACUCUAUUGCUUGCUUGCUUGCUUGCUUGCUUAUUCCCUUACUUGUCUAUUUCCCCUUUACUUUCUUCCCCUUUCUUCCCCCCCCCUCCCCUCCAUCGGUCUUCUUUCCGACUUGGACAUCCGGAUCAUCUCAUCCCGUUAUUUCUUUUUGUCGUCCCCUCGUCGUAUGAUCCAAGAUGGCCACCAAUCCACAAGAGGAAGCACUCACUCCACUGAUCCAAAGGUGGCUGGAGUGGGACCAGGAUCCCUCCACCCGUGCCGAAAUUGAACAGCUUCGCGACUCGGGCGAUUGGGUGGAACUAGCUCAGCGCUUGCAAAAACGUAUCCAAUUCGGGACCGCGGGUCUGCGUGGGCGGAUGGCAGCAGGUUUCUCUUGUAUGAACUCCUUGACCGUCAUUCAGGCCUCCCAAGGACUGGCAAAGUACCUGAAAACCCACCACGGCGACAUUGCAUCUUACGGUGUGGUCAUCGGUCACGAUGCGCGGUAUCACUCGGACAGAUUCGCCGCAUUGGCUGCCAAUGCUUUCAUCGCACAAAAGAUCCCGGUCUGGUUCUACUCCGAGUCCUCGGUUACUCCAACCGUCCCUUUCGGUGUAACUCACCUGCACGCUGCUGCAGGCAUUAUGGUUACUGCCAGCCAUAAUCCCGCACAGGACAAUGGCUACAAAGUCUAUUUCAAGAAUGGUGCCCAGAUCAAUAGUCCCAUGGACGUGGAAAUAGCCCAAUCAAUCGAAGAGAAUCAGGCGCCAUGGCCCACGGCCUGGGACGAGCUGCAACCAAGCGAAUAUCUGCGCGACAAGAUAUACGAAAGUAUCUUGCCACAUUACAACACGGCGGUCUGGCAGUAUGCUACUUAUACCGUUCGAGAAUGGAAGCAACCGCAGCCGUUUGUCUACACGCCCUUGCACGGAGUGGGAGGCUUGGUAUUUCCCGGGUUGUGUCGCUCUGUAGGUAUAACUGAUUUCACAGUGGUGCCCGAGCAGGCAGAUCCGAAUCCAGACUUUCCCACUGUUGCCUUCCCGAAUCCGGAGGAGCCUGGCGCUCUAGACCUGGCUUUGCAAAUUGCGGACAAGGAGGGGAGGCCGCUGGUUAUUGCUCACGAUCCGGAUGCCGAUCGAUUCGCUGCGGCCGAGAAAGUGGACGGGUCAUGGUUCAUUUACACCGGAAACCAUCUGGGCGUCCUCUUGGCGUCACAUCUGUUUGAUUCUCUGGAGACCAUCGACAGUGACACACGAGUUGCGGUCUUGAAUUCGGCUGUCUCUUCGAGUAUGCUGGAGAAGAUGGCCAAAGCAAAGGGCAUGCACUAUGAGGAAUCCCUCACUGGCUUCAAGUGGAUGGGGAACACAGCCCGCAGGCUUGAAGAGCUAGGCUACUACGUUCCAUUUGCCUAUGAGGAGGCUCUGGGGUACAUGUUUCCCGAGGUGUCAUACGACAAGGAUGGUAUCUCUGCCGCAAUGGUCUUCCUCUUGGCAGAAGCAAAAUGGAAGGCACAGGGCAUGACGCCUUAUAUGAAACUGCAACAGUUGUUCAAGGAGCAUGGGCAUCACGAAACCCUUAACACUUACUUCCGGUCACCCAGUCCAGAGGUCACGGCGAGUUUGUUUAAUGCCAUCCGAGCCGGUCCCUACCGGACUUCCAAGGCGCUUGGCUCGUUCAAGAUUCACAGGUGGCGAGACAUGACAGAGGGAUACGACUCCGGCACCGAGGAUCAGAAACCCAAGCUUCCAAUAGAUAAGAACAGCCAGAUGCUGACUCUAUGGCUUGACCGCGACGUUCGAUUCACAUUCCGCUCUUCUGGAACCGAACCGAAAGUCAAGAUCUACAUUGAAAGCUCUGGUACUUCACGCGACGAGACUGUAAGCGCAGUCAGUGACGCCUUCCUGGCUGUGCUGAAAGAAUGGGUCCAGCCCUUCGCCCCAUCGAUGUCUUACAGCAAAGAGCUCCCUACAUCCUCUGGGCACAUUUUCAAGUUGGAUUGAAUAGAACACUGGAUUGGGUAUUGAUUUGACAGUCCGUGAAACACAUUGAGCAUAGGUUGCAGGGAAGCCUUGACUCCACUCUUGAUUCCCAUUACUGCAGGAAUUGCAUGAAUAUAGCGCUAAGAUACCACCAUCACCACCAUCUCUCUCCCGGAAAGUAACUGCAUACUACAAGUGUAGGUGAUUGGAGGAGCUUCCCCUCCGAACUGGUGCCUGGACCCUAGGCAGGCAUUGCAGGACGAAGGCAAACUAC